AUGGUCACGGAAGAUUUCUGCUUUCCCACUAUCGCCAACAACUUGGCGCAUCUCAACAUGACGACUACUCCAUCUCUGUGGAGAAUCCCCUCCCAGUCGGAGAAGGUCGCCGGAGAGAGGCAUAAAUGGCGCCGGAAAAGCUAUUCGGAGCUGGAAGAGAAGAGCCGGAGACAAGACGAGAACGAGGCGGCAGGGGGCGGCGCGGAGGAGAAGAUGGACAUGCUGUGGGAGGAUUUCAACGAGGAAUUGCAGCAAAAUCACGAAACGGCGGUUUUGGACUCCCUACGGUCGCCGGAGGGUUUUUCGAGCUCGAAUCGUGCCGGCGAAGAAGGGGCGGUGGAAAUGUGCAAGGCGAGCGGCGGCGGUCCGUUUUCUCUGUUACUAGUGAUGAAGAUGUUGAAGAAAUUACUGAUGCUUCAAAAUUCUGCUGCAAGGCAUGCAUCCUUGCCUUAA